UAUAUAGGAGUGGAGUAGAUUUUUCUUAAAAUUCCAAAUUCGUUUACUCAUACUCUGUCUUCUCGAGUCAACCCCUCACCCACUGUUUCCCUAUCUCUCUCUCUCUUUCUCUCACACACACAAUCAAGAGAGAGAGAGGAGGGACAAACGAGGUCAGCCAGCCACCUCCUAGAUGGCCACCGCCGCUUUUUCACGCCUCACAACUCAAUUCAUCGCCUCACCAAAUGCGCACCACCACCACCGCCACCACUCUCCCUCGUCCCUUGCCUAUCCGUCGACUACCCAAUUCCUUAAAGUUACUCUCUCCUCAACUUCUUCGCUCCAACUAAUUGGCUCUCUCCACUCCCCUCGCCGUCCUUCAUUUAAUCUUAUAUUGUUCAGCGUCGGCGGAGGCGAUGAAUCCGGCGGUGGCCUUAGCGGCGGUGGCGGCGGCGGCGGAGGAGGAGGAGACAGUGGUGAUGGAGAUGCAGGGAAGAGAAACAAGGCUGAGGCGAUCAUGGCAUUGGCCGAGGCCGGUAGAUCUUUAGAUAGCAUUCCCAAGGAUUUGGCAGCUGCCAUUGAAGCAGGGAGGAUUCCGGGAUCGAUUGUUCAUCGGUUUUUCGAGCUCGAGAAGUCGCCUUUUCUGGGCUGGUUGCUCCGAUUUGGAGGGUUUAAGGAGAGAUUGCUCGCCGACGAUCUUUUCUUGACCAAAGUUGGCAUUGAGUGCGGCGUCGGGAUUUUCACCAAGGUUUGUCAUCUUUUUCAUAUAAUGCUUCAUUUGACAAGAAUGUUUUUCAAUAUAUCUGAGUAAUAUUGGAUCCUGUGUUGAAGGCCUACCGAUCUUGGUGAUAUUUUUCUGGUUGUAAAGAUGGAUUAAGUUGCACAAAGUUCUUGCCGUUUUGUUUUUGAGAUAGUACACCGGAUGUAUGGUGCAUCCCGCCUAAUGAAAUCCUAAUUGGAGAUUAAUAAAUUCUGAUUGGUUAUUGAUGAA